CCUACAGCAGUCAGUUCUCCUCUGGUCUGGCCAGCAUGAGUUUCACGGUAGAGCACCACUUCUUCGGUCCGGCCUCGUACCGCAAGGCUCGGCCUGCCUCCGCCUCCUCCAGCGGAUUUCACUCCCAGCGCCGCCGUCUCACCUACAGCAUGCCGUCCUCCGUCGACAGCUUGGAGACCUUCAACGGUGACAUGACGCGGAGGACCGAGAAAGAGAUUCUGCAGGCUCUGAACGAUCGGUUUGCAGGCUACAUUGACAAGGUGCGGAGCUUGGAGAUGCACAACCGCAACCUGGAGGCUGAAGCGACAGCACUGCGGCAAAGCCAGGCCGGGCGCACCGUGGUUGGAGAGCACUACGAGCGUGAGCUGUGUGACCUGAGGGGUCUUCUGCAGCAGCUGACAGGUGAGAAGGCUCGCGCGGCUCUGGAGCACGAGCACUUAGAGGAGGACAUCCAGCACCUACGAGACAGGCUGGAAGACGAGGCGCGGAACCGGGAAGAGUUGCAAGCUGCCGCUCGCGCCAUGAAGAAGUAUGUUGAAGAGUGCCGGCUAGCGCGGCAGGAGCUGGACAAGAAGCUCCGUGCCCUGGAGGAUGAGGCAGCUUUUCUAAGGAAGAACCACGAGGAAGAAGUGGCGGAGCUCCUAGCACAGAUUCAGGGCGCGCAGGUGAGCUUUGAUAUGCCAGAGCCACUCAAAGCGGACGUAACCAGCGCGCUGCGAGAAAUCCGCUCGCAGCUGGACAGUCACGCAUUCAAGAGCGCGACGCACGCUGAAGAAUGGUUCAAAGUGCGUGUAGAUCGUCUGUCAGAAGCUGCCAGGUCUAACCAGGAUGCAAUUCGUGGGACACAAGAAGAGAUUGCAGAAUACCGCCGUCAGUUGCAGAGCCGCACCAUUGAGCUGGAGACUCUCCGAGGAACCAAGGAGUCACUGGAGAGGCAGCGUAUAGAGAGUGAAGACAGACAUCACGAUGACCUCAACUCACUACAGGAGACCAUCAAUCAGCUGGACAGUGAGCUGAAAACCACCAAAUGGGAGAUGGCCAGCCAACUGAAAGACUAUCAGGACCUGCUGAAUGUGAAGAUGGCUCUGGAUAUUGAGAUUGCUGCUUAUAGGAAACUACUGGAGGGAGAGGAGAAACGUUAUGUGUCAGGAGGUGGUCCAUACCCCUACCUGGAAGGCAGAAUCACUGCCCACUUAAAAGUGAAAGGUGAGGAGAUCUCAGACACUGUCAUUGUGGAGGAACAGACAGAUGAGACCCAGGUGACAGAGGUGACAGAAGAGGCAGAUGAGGAGGAAGAGGAGGAUAAGAAAGAAGAAGCAGGAGAGGAAGAAAAGGAAACCAAAGAAGAGGAGGAAGAAGGCAAAGAAGAGCAAGAGAAGGAGGAGGAAGGAGAGGAGAAGGGAGAGGAAGCGGAGGCAGGUGAGGAAGAAAAGUCUAAAUCUCCAGAAAAGGCCUUAUCUCCUCCUUCAAGUUCCCCUCAGUCCAAGUCCCCUCAACCUAAAUCUCCUGUUGUCAAAUCACCUGAGUCCAAAUCUCCACAAAAAUCACCAGAAUCUAAAUCACCAGCAGCCAAAUCCCCAAUGCCAAAAUCACCUGCAGUCAAGUCCCCUGCAGGAGAUGAGUCAAAGUCACCCGUGUCAAAAUCUCCACCCAGCAAAUCUCCUGAAUCUAAAUCCCCUCCUCCCAAGACCCCUGAACCAAAGUCUCCAGAGAAAGAGAAGGCCAAGCCAGCCACUGCCAAAGACACCCCUAAAGAGGAGAAGAAAGAGGAGAAGCCUCAGCCUGUGAAGGAGGAGGAGAAGGAGAAAGAGCAGCCCGUGAAGGAGGAGAAGAAGGAGAAAGAGCAGCCUGUGAAGGAGGAGAAGAAGGAGAAAGAGCAGCUUGUGAAGGAGGAGAAGAAGGAGAAAGAGCAGCCUGUGAAGGAGGAGAAGAAGGAGAAAGAGCAGGAGCCCAAAGAGAAAGAGCCAGAGAGCAAAGCAAAGAAGGCGGACACACCUGAUACAAAGACGGAGAGCAAAGCAGAUGAAGUGCCAAAGAAGGAUGACACUUUGAAACCUGCUGCUCCCAGCACGCCCUCAGAGGACAAACCUGCUCCUAAGACUGAGCCUAAAAAGGAAGAGAAGCCCUCUGUUCCUAAAUCAGAGAAAGCUGAGUCCGAGGCAAAGCCCACCCAAAAAACAGAGCCUGAGAAAUCAGAGGGAAAGAAGGAGGAGAAGAAGCCCGAGGAAAAGCCUGCACCUAAAGAUGAGCCUGAAAAAACAGAGAAGAAAGAGGAGAAGAAGCCAGAGAAAAAGGAAACUAGUAAAGAAGAGAGCAAGGAGGUGAAGGGUGGAGAGAAAGCAGAGAAAUCUUCUGGCACCAAUUCAAAGGAGAGCAAGGAGGAGAAGGCCAAGAAGUAGGACUGAAAAAGUGUGUUUCAGGGUGUGAGGAGGGGAAGAGGAGGUAGAGAGGUCAGAGAACCAUAUGUGAGGGAAGGGAGAGCAGGGCAGACAGGCUGGAUGCAUCCAGCUGUUCAGGUAGGCACAUUAGUGUCCAAAACAAAACAGGUAAAGGUAAGCAAUAGUGAUUUCUGUAGCAAAUAACCCCCCUGCUCCCUAAGUAUGGCCAUUACACACUCCUGAAGCUUAUGAUGUACUGUAUGACUGUAGUGAAUGCAGAAUGCUCUAAACUUUAUUUUAUUGUGACGACUGCCCUUAAUAACAAGUGCAUUUAAAUCGAAUCCCACUGAUAGGGAAUGCAGGGCCCUGAUGUACAAGCCUUCAUUGGCAGAGAUGUCAAAGCAAUGUCAAGCUAAAGAUUGUGACAGAUACUGAGCCUAAAAAUCUAUAUUUAAAAAGGUACAAAUGUCUAGAUUAUAUUUACAGAUACAUCAGUAAGAAAGACUUGAAUUUUGCUUGUUGUGCACCUUAAUGCAGCUUUCUCCUGAUGGGUGAACUGAAGUGUCUUACUCUUCUGGUCUGCAACGUUAGGACAAUGAUGACUGUGCUAUGUAAAAACUGCUGAGAAUAUGCAAUAUGAAACAGAUGAAUAAAGAAUGAAAAACC